AUGGCGGUUCACUCGAAGGAGGACCCUUUGAUGGUGCUGUACAGCCACUACCGUAACCUAUUCCGCUCUCACAUCCACCGAACGCCUAGGUCUGUCAAACUCGCUGGAACAGCCGCCCUGGUUCUCUCGAUCCUGUCAUCCAGCUAUGGCGGCUUCAAAUGGUGGCGGGCGCGCUCGAAAGAGAAGGCGCGGGGCCGUGCGUUGGUGCGAAAGAACAGUGGUCUAAGAGGAAAGGCAGGAGAGCGUAUCAUAUAUGUGCCCAAGGGCGACACCACAUCCAGAGUGGUUAUUCAUCCCGUCCGUCCUACCACUUUCGACGCCCACCGGCGGCUAUUCUUGACCCCUCCACGAGUGACGCGGCUCAGCAGCGGCACAUCUACGCCGGCGUAUGGUCCUCCGCCAGCUCAAACCAAGCCCGGCCUGAAUCUGGCCUUCCUCCACCAAUUCCUCAGUCUCGCCAAUAUCAUGAUUCCAAGAUUUCGAAGUAAGGAGACAGCGUUGCUGCUGAGCCAUGCGCUCUUUCUGAUAUUGCGGACGUACUUGUCUCUGCUGGUGGCGAGGCUCGACGGUGCGAUUGUCCGGGACCUAGUAGGCGGCCAUGGAAAGCAGUUCCUGCUGGGCCUGUUGAGAUGGUUGUCCAUCGGGACAUUGGCCUCCUACACCAAUGCGACCAUCAAGUUCCUACAGUCCAAGAUUUCCAUCGCAUUUCGCACGAGGCUGACGCGCUACAUCCACGACUUGUAUCUGAACUCAAAUCUUACCUACUAUAAACUUUCGAACUUGGAUGGGGGAGUAGAAGGUGCAGACCAGUUUAUCACCCAGGAUUUGACGCUAUUCUGCACAGCCGCAGCCUCGCUAUACUCUUCCCUCGGAAAACCGCUUGUCGACAUCUUUGUAUUCAACUACCAAUUAUACCGCUCAUUAGGUCCACUGGCGCUGACCGGUCUGCUGGUCAACUAUUUUGGCACUGCCACCAUGCUCCGCAGACUCUCUCCUCCAUUCGGAAAAUUGAAGGCCGUUGAAGGGAAAAAGGAAGGCGAGUUCCGGGGUUUGCAUUCGAGAUUGAUAGCCAAUGCAGAAGAAGUCGCCUUUUACGGCGGCGCCGAUGUCGAAAAGGUCUACCUGGACAGGUCUUUCAAGGAGCUUCGGAGUUGGAUGGAAGGCAUCUACAACGUCAAAGUGAGAUACAACAUGCUGGAAGAUUUCAUCUUGAAGUACUCGUGGUCAGCGUUUGGCUACGUCAUCACGUCGAUACCUGUCUAUCUACCCGCCUGGGCAGGGUUGAACAGCAUUCUCGAGGCGACAGCUGGUGCUGGCACAGAAGUUUCCGAGUCAAGCCGCUCGGGCUCCCACAUGAAGGAGUUUACAACCAAUAAGCGGCUUAUGCUGUCUUUGGCUGACGCUGGCGGCAGGAUGAUGUACAGCAUCAAAGACCUGUCUGAGUUGGCCGGCUAUACAUCUCGCGUCUACCAGCUGAUCUCCACCCUCCACCGGGUCCACGCUAAUGCGUACGGUCCCCAUCACCGCCGUGCGUCACAAAGGAUCGAGCUCUACUCGCUCGCAGACGUCCAGGGGACCAUACAUUAUGGUUUUGAUGGCGUAAGACUGGAAGAUGUCCCCGUGGUGGCACCAAGCCUGUGGCCGUACGGCGGAGAAGAUCUCAUCGAAUCCCUCUCCUUCCACGUCCGCAGCGGCGAGCAUUUGCUCAUCUCCGGCUCCAAUGGCGUGGGCAAGUCAGCCAUAUCCCGUAUCGUGGGAGGCUUGUGGCCUGUGUACCGGGGCCUGGUGUCACGACCUCGCAACAACGGGCAAGACGGAAUCAUGUUCUUACCGCAGAGACCGUACCUCAGCAUCGGCACGCUCAGAGACCAAGUCAUCUACCCGCACACAGAAAUGGACAUGCAAGAGAACAACCGUCGUGACAGCGAGCUGGAGCGGAUCCUCGAGGAAGCCAAGCUCGGACAUCUGCUUGCUCGUGAAGGCGGAUGGGAUACGCGCAAGGAAUGGAAGGAUGUCCUCAGUGGAGGUGAAAAACAGCGCAUGGGUCUCGCGCGAUUGUUCUACCACGAACCGAAAUACGCGUUCCUGGACGAAGGCACCUCGGCUGUGUCGUCCGACGUUGAAGGUCUGCUGUACGAACGGUGCAAGGAGAAGGGAAUCACAGUCAUCACGCUCUCCACCCGUGCGAGUUUGAGAAGACAUCACACCUUUAAUUUGAUUCUCGGUCUCGGAGAGGAAGGGUAUGAUUGGGAAAUGGUGCGCAUCGGCACGGAAGAGGAGAAAUCGGGCGUGGAGAAGGAGAUUGGCGAAUUGAAAGAGAAGCUCUCCAUGGUACCGGAAUGGGAGCGACGACGGGCCGAGAUUCAAGCCGAGCUGAGUCAAGUGCUCGUCACUGGGAUCCAGGAGGGCGGUGGCAGUGGCAGCGGUAGUGGCAUCAGCUCCGGGCAUCUCGAGAAACCCAGUGACGUGGACGACGGAUCAGAUCCAGAAGGGUAG